AUGGUGACCAGCGCCGUGGCUCGUCCGUUGCAGUUGGUCUCGCGUGUGAUGCAAUGGACCAGCGCCGUCAUCGUCAUGGGCAUAACGUCCUACUUCAUCCAUAAGGGUCCGCGCGGUCAGCAUCUGAUCUAUACGGAGGUUAUCUCAACAAUCUCCGUCGUCUUCUUCCUUCCUGCCUUCGUCUCGCCGUUCAUGCCCACCGCGCUGGGUAAAAUCGUCUUGCUGAUCGAUGUCGUGUUUUCUUAUCUAUGGCUCACGUCUUUCAUCUUCGCCGCCCAAGACUACAACGAAUCGAACUGUUUCUGGAACUCUCCUCCGGGCGAAACCUGCUCUAAGAAGAAGGCUAACGAGGCGUUUAUCUUUUUGGCAUUCAUUUUCACUUUCUUCGGCAUGUUCCUCGAAGUCCUCGGCCUAUGGGCCUAUCGUCGCGAGAACCCGACCCCCGUGCGCGAGAAGACCGGCGGCGCCCACGGCGGCCCGGCUGAUGCUCCUGUUGCGCAGGUUUAA